CUGAUGUCUUCCAUUGGGCACACAGCUCCUCCUCCUCAGUAGCACCGUUGGCUGGUGGGUCACAAUCCUAAACCUUUCUAUGGGCAAAGAGAGAGAUGUUUACAAGUAGGAAACUGUGAUUCUACCAAAGCCAAAAAUCUUAAUUAAUCUCUCCACCAUCUUUGUUUCCAUCGUCCUCUCACUGACACUGCUCUAACAACCCAACCCCUUUUGUCCUUUUCUUGAACCUUUUCUACUUUCCAUCACCUUUCAUAAUAAACUAAGAGAUCACUUGUCCUUCUUCUAGUCUUCCACAUUUCUUUCAUUUACUAUUGCUCUUUUCUUUAGCUAGCAUACGGUUUCAAGAAGAUGUCUACCGCCGGAAUAUUUACAGCUCCGAUUAUCGGGUCUGGUUACCAGGGCCUGAAAGCCAAAUCCACAAACGAAUUGUUCCCUGCAAAGGAUUCUAUUGCAUGGAGUCGCAAAACUAUCACCAACGGCUCAAGAAUUCAUUGUAUGAAGACAUGGAAUCCAAUCAAUAACAAGAAGUUUGAAACUCUUUCCUAUCUUCCUCCACUUUCUGAUGAAUCAAUUGCAAAGGAGAUAGAUUACAUGAUGCAAAAGGGUUGGAUCCCUUGCCUUGAAUUCGAUCAGGUGGGACAUGUGCGUAGAGAAAAUAGCCAAACGCCAGGAUACUACGAUGGGAGAUACUGGACAAUGUGGAAGCUCCCCAUGUUUGGGUGCAAUGACUCAUCUCAAGUGCUCAAUGAAAUCCAUGAAUGCAAACAAGCAUACCCAAAUGCUUAUAUUCGCUGCUUGGCAUUUGACAACAAGCACCAGGGUCAGUGCAUGGCCUUUAUCAUUCAAAAACCUAACACCCCCUAAGCCUUUCACAUCUGGUUUCCCUGGUUCUGUGGGGCAAAUAAAAAUGGGCAGACGGUUGUUGGGUUUGCUAGUGGAAAUGCCUAAUUAAAUAAAUUAUAUAUGUUAAUAAUGCUUGUGUGUACCAUAUAACUAGCACAUGGUUUUGGGCUUUCUUUUCAAAGACAGCCUGUGGAUUGCCCAUGGUUUUCCAAAUCAGCGGCGAUUCUAAGAUGAUGUGAAUUGUUAUACUAAAGCUAAGCACAUCUUUUCAUCCUUGACAUUAUAUAAAAAAGUCAGUUCAUACUCAA